AGUCUGCUUACGAAUGAGCAUAUCAAAAUCUAAACCAUAAUAAAGCAAGAGAAAUACGUCAACAACGCGAUUGAUAAGCAACAGCUGUUACAACAGGGUAUGUCAUAUGAAAAUUUUCGGCAACGAUGCUAUUGGAAAAUUCCAACAACAAACGUGACAAAGAUGUGAUUGACAUUGACAGUUCGUUUUGUACGCAUAUUUGACGACUUAUAAAAUCCGUGUACAUUAGGAAUUUAGUUUUCAUUCUAAAUUGAUAUAAAGAAAAAUAGCGGUGAUGCCUGGUAAUUCAUGUUCAGUGUGUAAAAGUAGCUGGAAUAAUGCCGUUUCAAUGUUCUCGCCUCCACGCGAUGAGUAUAUGAGAAGUAAAUGGGAAGUAGCGAUUGGCGUCAAGUUAACACAAAGUUCAAGAUUGUGCUCCAAACACUUCUGUGCAAACGAUUUCACAUCGGCAAACCCAAAAAGAGCCCGAUUACAAUCAGACGCAGUGCCCUCGUUGAAUUUAUCGGGAGCAGGCGUUGAAAGGAGUGAACCGCAAGAAUGUUUAAGCGCCAUAGACAGUUAUAGGAAAAACCGAGCCUCUAUGGAACAACUCUUAUUCUUUGUAAACUUUGCAAAUAAGCAUCCGAAGAUACUAACAUCGAAGUUCGGCACUGUAAGUCACUUAUGGGAAGGAUUGGCGAGAAAUUUGAAUUCAAUGGAUGGCGCUUGUCGUUCAGCCGAUAAAUGGAAGGAGAGUAUGAGUACUUGGCGGAGUCAACUAAGGUGUCGGGCACGCCGAGGCAAAAGUAGCGGGGUUCCACAAUUCGAUGAAUUCGCUUUAUUGAACUUCGGACAGCGCUCACUAAAUGAGGAAGUGAAUUUAGCAAUUAAUUCCACCAACAAUGAUGCUGUUGCUGAAGGCGUUGGCGCAAAAAACAUGGUGAACAAAGCAGACAAUAUUAAAGGCGUACUGAAAACGGAAUUAAUCAAGAUCAAAAAAGAAAUUGAUAGCUCUGAAGAUGACCAUAGUCGUCAAGAAGACUCUCAAGCUGAGGUCGCACAUAGUUUUGAGGAAACAUUAGAUACCAAACAUGACAUUGUACUUUCGGAGGACAGUAACCCAACGUACGAGGCGAAUCACUCUAACACAGAAGAUAUUCCAGCAUUGGGUUUUCCGGACACUUCGCGCUCUGAAAUAUUUGUUAUUCCCCGCCAAAAAGUGACUAAAGAAACAGAAAAGGCAAAAAUAUUUAUUAUUCCGCGCACAUCAACUGAAAACAAUACACCUACAACAACCGAUAAUGUUCAAAGAAAAAUUAUACAGCUCGGUCAAUCAAGUGUUUCAAAAAACACAGAGGGUAGCUCACAAGGAAUUAUUAUUUUGCCGCCACAUUCAAAUACCUCAAAUAUAUCUUCCAGCUUAGAAGUUUUGCCAAGUUUGGAAAACAAGCACACGUCUGCCACACAGUCGGUAGCCGGAAAUACAACAAAUGCUCCGAAAAAACGAAAAUCGGCAACACUCAGUGAUAUGUAUGAAACCCUCUUGGAGAGUAUGAAAAGACGUGACCAGCGAGAAGAACAAUUCAUUACUGUGAUGCAAGGAUUAACCGACGCUGUGACAAAAAUGGCUGAUAACGUAAAGCGACUAGAGGAGGUCUUGACGUUCUGUGCAAAUGAUUCAUAAGGAACAAGCCACACAACAAACGAACAUCCUUAAUAUUACAUAUAUUUAAAAUAUAUAACUGCAAUAAACUGUGAAUUAUAAUCAGAAGUCUAAAUAAAAUAACAUAAUUCAACUUAAAA